CCGGUGUACAACGGAACAAACAUUCCAGUGGUUGAUACCCUUACUUCACCUUCUGCACGAUUCUUGUCGACGGUGGUGCCCUAGUGUCAUCCGGUCGGGGUUGUCAAUUUAAAAUAUCUUCCCGCCCCUUCUUCAUUUGAAUUCAGAACUCCCCUUAAAACUCCCACGCCAUGGCGAACUCGGUCAGCGAUGAUGAUCCACGAUCGGAAAAGGGAACUGGAAGUCCCACAAACACGUCCGAUGUCGAGACGGGUGGACAGGACAGCUCGGUCACCGGAAAGCCGUGGAUGUACAAGCCAAUCAAGCUCGGCCCCUGGACAUUCCCGUGGUUCGCUUCCCCCGAAACCCAAUUGAUCCUGGUCUCCUUCGUUUGCUUCCUCUGCCCAGGAAUGUUCAAUGCCGUCAGUGGCCUGGGAGGUGCCGGCCAGCUCGACAAGACUGAUGUGAACAACGCCAACACGGCCCUGUAUAGCACCUUUGCCGUAGUGGGCUUUUUUGCCGGUUCCAUUGCCAACCGCAUCGGCCUCCGCAUGACCCUCUCCAUCGGCGGGUUCGGCUACUUUCUCUAUGUGGCGGCGCUUCUGUCUUAUAACCACAACAAAAAUGACGGCUUUUUGAUUUUUGCUGGUGCACUCCUGGGUGUCUGCGGGGGUCUGUUGUGGUGUGCUCAGGGGGCGGUCAUGAUGAGUUACCCGACCGAGCAGGAAAAGGGGAAGUUCAUCUCUGUUUUCUGGGUCAUUUUCAACCUAGGCGGCGUGAUUGGAAGUCUAGUCCCUCUGGGCCAGAACCUGCACUCCAACACCGGUACCGUCAAUGAUGGUACUUACAUCGCCUUCUUGGUCCUCAUGGCCAUAGGGUUUGUCCUUGCCUGGGUCCUAUCGGAUUCCAAGUACAUCAAGCGCAAAGAUGGAUCGCGUGUCAUCGUCAUGAAGAAUCCUACCUGGAAGUCCGAGUUGCUGGGUCUUUAUGAAACCCUGCGCUCCGACUACUACAUCGUGCUGUUGUUUCCGAUGUUUCUGGCUAGCAACUGGUUCUAUGCGUACCAUUUCAAUAGCGUCAAUGGCGCUUACUUCGACAUUCGCACACGCUCUCUGAACAGUCUUCUCUACUGGUUGAUGCAAAUGGUCGGUGCGCUGUUCUUCGGCCAAACUCUGGAUCUGAAGUGGCUGUCGCGUCCCAAUCGAGCCAAACUCAACCUCUUCCUUCUCCUUGCUAUCACCAUGGGCACCUGGGGGGGCGGGUAUGCCUUCCAGAAGGGCUAUACCCGCGAGACGGUUGAGGCCACGAAGGACUGGACCGACAGCGGUUUCGUCGGACCCAUGUUCCUUUACAUAUUCUACGGUUUUUACGACGCUGCCUUUCAGACAUGCACAUACUGGUUUAUGGGAUCCCUCAGCAACAACGGUCGCAAGCUAGCCAAUUUCGCAGGUUUUUACAAAGGCAUCCAGUCCGCUGGAGCGGCAGGAAUGUGGCGCAUGGACGCCCAGGGCGCACCAUUCAUGACAGAGUUCGCCUCCUGCUGGGGCCUCCUCGUCGGCAGCCUCCUAAUCGCAUCCCCGGUCAUCCUGUUCAAAAUCAAAGAUCACACGGACGUCGAAGACGACCUCAAAUUCUCCGACGAGGCCCCGCAGGACGUUGUCGGGAGCGAUAUCGCCCUGGAGGAUCAAGAACCUGCCGUGAAGAAGGACGAGAAACGCAUAUCCGUCACGCAGUGAAUGUUUCUUUUCAACGACUUUGCUUUCUUUGCAAUGAGUGUUCCCGCAUGCGUGACUUGAUCCAUAUUGUCAUUUCUAUGUUUAACAUCAAGAAAAGGAAGCCUUGUACAUCAGUGAAAGAAGGGUGGGUGGUAUGUAUGCAUGCGGAGUCAGUCCCUUUGUACAUAAUCCGAUUUCACAUAAUCACGCGUUGUGCAUCUCUGGCCGUCUGCGACGGGCAUGAGGUGGGAAGUUACGAUUAAUCAAUACAUAAUAUUGCGAGU